AAUUAAAAGGGCUCCCGUAUUAGUCGUUCGCAGUGUCGAGCAGACCUUGGGGUUUUAGGAAUUAGGGUUUUGGUCUCUCUCCCUCUCCUUACAGUGUCGAGCAGAAGUUAGGGUUUAAGGAAUAAGGGUUUUUGGCCUCUCUCACCAUGAGCAAGUCAGGGCAGCCACCGGAUCUCAAGAAGUACAUGGACAAGAAGCUUCACAUUAAACUCAAUGCAAACCGAGUGGUGGUUGGCACUUUGCGUGGGUUUGACCAGUUCAUGAACCUGGUGAUUGAUAACACGGUGGAAGUCAACGGCAACGAGAGAAAUGAUAUAGGGAUGGUGGUAAUCAGGGGUAACAGUGUGGUUAUGAUUGAAGCUCUUGAACCAGUUAGCAAGACCCAAUAGUGGAAUCUUGCUUUGAUUUUGGCAAUGUGUUAAAGUAGAACUGGGGUACAGCAGGGGGUUGUGUAGACUAUACUUGCAGUGCUAUACAUCUUUAGGCUGCAGUUCUUUAAGGCUUUGGUAUUGCUUUAGCCAGUUAAAACUGUGUAAUGCUUGAUAAUAUUUUCUCUUGAAUACAUGUGCUUUUUCAUGACUUGAAUCGAAAUCUAUCGAUUGUCGUUCGAAUGUGUUUCAUGCUUU